ACUCUGCCCUUUCCAACCCCUCCGCAGUCACAGCAAAUAUGGCAUCUGGGAGAGUGGCUCUAAUAACAGUAUUUUUCUGGCUGUGUUUGUUUGGAGGCCUUUGUGAUCAGAAUGUCUAUCCUAAAGUGGGCACCCUCUUUGUGCACAAGUUGGAUGCUGAGGAUUAUCAACAACAGUUCCUGAAUAAAUCAGGUAAUGAACAAACUCAGCCUAUCUCCUUCUAUGCUAAUUUGGAAGGGUUCCCAGACUUGCCUGGAUGGCUGCGUUAUACCCAGCGCUCCCCAUGGCACAGUGGAUAUCUGUAUGGCUCCCCAAACACCCCAGGGAAACAAGUCAUAGAGAUCACAGUGUAUAAUAGACACAAAUUUGAAAUGCUUCGAGAAAAAAUAAUUUUCCAUAUCCGUGCUGCUGAAGAUGUGCCACCCCCGUUUCGAGCUGAGUUUUUGGUUGAGAACAUGGACGUGGAGGAGAUGCUUCCCCCAGAAGCUCAGCACAACUUUCAGGUUCCUCUGCAGACGGUUUGGAACACCCAGAGACUGUCUAUCAUUAAUAUCACAUCAGCACUGGACAAAGGAGGAAGGGUGCCGCUCCCACUUCCAGGACGGAAAGAGGGGGUCUUUAUAAAGAUGGGAUCUGUUGUCCCUUUCCCAAAGUGCUUUACUGACUCCCAGACUUCCGAGAUCCGACAGAAGUGCCAGCAAGGGGAGAAGCCGGUGUUCUGCCAAGAACUUAUACAAAAUGACUUUGUCAUAGACUGGUGCAAUGUAAGCUUGGUUGAUAAAUUGGAGCCGUCUCCCUCUCCUCCUAUCUAUAAAGCCCUGGAAUUUGAUGGAGACUUUAAUCCGCCUCCAGACACCCUGGAGGAAAUCUACUAUCUCCCCGAUUACAUGCUCACCCUUCUACUUCCCAUCCUCGUCGCUCUGCUGCUGUGUCUGCUGCUCUCUUACGUCAUGUGCUGCCGCAGAGAGGGGGUAGAGAAGAGAGAUGCCAAUACAGCGGAGCUCCAGUUGGUUCACCAGCAGUCCAUCUUCUCCAACACGGAAGAACUUCGGAAGAUGGCUGCCGAUCGGGAUGUUCCUCGACCACUCUCCACACUGCCAAUGUUUAAUUCUAGAACUGGUCAAAGGACAUCUCCAAUGGAUCUAACAGAUGACAGUGCCCGCGUGCCUCUUAUCCUGUCCCAACACUAAAGGCACUUACCUCACUACCACACAAUAAGGAAGAAGACUUGUUAUGUAUCCAAGAAGCAGAGAUGGGGGACGUUUUGUAACACAAUUGCAGUUCUUAUUUGUAUGAUAUGUAAAGGAAACCAAUUCGUGUAAUAUAGUCAUUGAACCCGAACUUCUUCCAUUGCUGUUACCUCAGACUUUGGAGCCCUGCAAUCAUUUAUGUACACAAGGAACUGAACUCUGGAAGCUGUGCUGAACAAGCGGAGAGCAAAGAACGAGUCACGAGUAUUGCCUGUGGUCUUUCCUGCAGCUUUUCCUAAUUACUGAUCCAUUAUGCCUUAUUCUGCAUUGUGUCUGUAUGUGGAGGCUAUCAUCUUGGUAGAAGCAGGGCUUUGCUUCCUUAUGUCAGAACCUCCAGCAAGGAGAACAAUGAGCAGCACAGGGCUAACAUCACAAAAUCUUCCUGCAUAUCUCCUGAGACUAGCAGAGUCACAGUGCCUUAGAUCUCACACUGCAGAUAUACAGCUAUGAGGCUGUAGACAACUUUAUUUUAAUUUUCACCUUAAUUUAAUAACCUAGAUGAGAUAUUUUAAGGAUGACAGUACUUCUAAAAAAAUUACAACCCUAACAACCCGCCAUUAUUCUCCUUACUGUAACUCACUCUACAUUAGAAGGCAGGGAAGCCAUAGCCUACACCCAGCUUGAUGCUUCUUCCAUGUUCCUCGGGGCAAGUAGGACGGAACAGUACUGCAUAUGACUAGCCUUCAUCCUUUGGCCCCAAUGGAAAUGUCUCCCUGCAGGCUUAAAAGUAAAGAACUUCUCCAUUGAGGUCUGUGGAGAACAGGGUAUGGCUUGGAGGACAGGAAGAUACAACACCUGGCCCAGCAUAGGCCAUGGCUACUCUUAAGGGUCACUGGCUGAUCUAAAACUUGUAGAAGAGGAUAUAUAUAACAUAAAGGGGUACUGAUAAGGUUACGUUUUUUUUUAAGUACUCUCAUUCUAUAAUUGUGUUCAUUAUUCACCUACUGAUAAUUUUCUCAAUAAAACUGUUUGCCUGCCUAAA